UGUUCUAUGACGCACUGUCAAGGACUGUAAGUAUGUGAGUGUGGAGUAAGACCUAAAUAAUUCAGCUCUACCUGUUGAAAUGCUGCUAUCAGUCAAGAUGAAGAGAGUGCUACGCGAAGAGAACUUUGUGUCUUCUCUGCGACCUCUAUAUUACGUAUCCCGUAUGUUGGGACUUGCUCCCUUCACUCUCAAAAAGAACUCUGUCCUCAAAGAAAUAGACACCGCUUGGAUGUUUUAUACAAUAAUAAUUUUAAUCUCUGUCUUGUCUUGUGGCGUACUGUCCUUGAUGUAUCGCGUAGAACAGUCACAGCUCCGGGCCACUAUAGUUAUCAACGAAUGUCUUAUGAUGUUUGGAGGAUCCCUAAAAGCCAUUUCAUCCAUACUCCUUUGCGUCACUCUUAAUGGUGUAAAAUCAAGGGAAGUUAUCUCAAAAGUUAUUAAGCUUGAUAAAGCGCUUCUGUGUGAUUCUAGUGCAACUUACAGAAAGGCUCUGAUCUUCAUUUUGGUUCAAGUGAUCGUUGUACAUUCUUAUGAAGCAGCACUAUUCAUAUGUGACACGUGGGUAUGGACACACGCUGUGGACAAUUUGAGUGUUUGGUACUUUAUUUCAGGAUAUCCACACCGUACUCUGAACAUGCAAACCACACUUGAAUUUUCUGAUCUUGUUCUGUUGAUAAGGAAUCGUUUACAAGCCUUAAAUUCAAGACUUAGUUUCAUGCUAAGAGAAUGUGUUGAACCUGAUUUUGUCGUAUUUAGUAAUGUAACCCGUGAACUGGUUCCUAGAUCUGCUGUAAUGGCAAACGAAAUACCUGUUACAGGAGUGAAAAGUGUGAAAAGAACAUUUAUUGGUUCGCCUCAACAUGUUAAUCUUCGACAACCACUAUUUAAAAUUUCACAGCAGAGGAAUAUACGCAGUGCUAGAGAACUCUAUGAUGAAAUGUGCGAUAUCAGAGACCUUGCCAAUUCAAUGUACGGGUUUCAGCUCUUACUGGAACUAGGUGUGACCACAGCUGAGUUAACUUUGUCGUCAUAUUUAAUGCUUGCAACAAUAUUGGGGAUCCAGAGCGUGGAGAUUAAUACCAUUGGUCAGUUUAUCAGCCUCAUGGCGGCAUGGCAAGUUCAGUAUGCUUUCAAACUGAUCAUCAUUACAGCUCCUUGCCAGUCAGCAACCAACGAAGUGGAGAAUAUGGCUGUUUUGGUGCAGAAGUUACUGCUGGUGCGAGAUUUCGACCAGGGCACCGUGGCAGAACUACAGCUCUUUUCUCAGCAGCUGCUCCAGCGAAAGAUGAAAUUCACUGCUUUCGGCUUCCUAAGUCUUGAUCAUUCUCUCCUGUUCACUAUCGUUGGAGGCGUCACAACAUUCAUUGUCAUUGCCAUGCAAUUCAAGGCGUGA